CCUAGCGUUCUUCCACGGGUGCACUGACUGAUUUGACUUGACCGACCGAUGCGGAAUCGCCCCGUCAACAAUUCCUACCGGCGAGAUUAGUAAAAAUUUUAGAUAAGUUUGGGCCGUAGGACCCUGAAUUUGCAAUUCCGCGCCACAUUCCCCGCUUCUCUACCGAAAUGUCGAGAGUGCGGCUCUUGUUCCUGUCACUUGUGUUCCUGGUCGCCGGCUCGGUGCAGGCCGACGUCGUCAACAAGAACGUCGACACCGCCGUGGACAUUUCCACGCAACUCGUCAAGAUCGCACACAAGGUCACCGUGGAGAACGUCGGCAAGACGCCGGUCAAGUCCCUGAUCUUCGGUGUGCCGGCCCACAUCAAGGAAAGGUUGUCCUUCAUCUCAGCCAAGGUCGGAGAACACCAGCUGCGGCUCUCCGAGACCAAGGUGGACAACCAGGAAGGUGGCUUCUGGAAACUGGAACUUCGCUCGGACAUCACCGCUGGACGAACCCUGCCACUGAGCAUCGACCUGGUGCUCGGCCGAGGUCUGAUUCCGCAUCCGAGCCAGAUCACCCAAAAGGAGAAGCAAUUGGUGCUCUUCGAAGGAAACGCCUACUACUUCAGUCCGUACCUGACCGAGAAGCAGACCCUGACCGUCAACCUGGGCACCAGCUCGGUUGAGAGCUUCGCCCGAGUUCAGCCUGUGUCCCAGUCGGACACCAAGAUCACCUACGGCCCGUACGAAAAGGUGGCUCCGUUCAAGGAGGAACGCCUCAACAUCCACUACGAGAACAACUCACCAUUCCUGACCAUCACAAAACUCGAAAGGGUCAUCGAGGUCUCGCACUGGGGCAACAUUGCCGUCGAAGAGACUAUUGACAUGGAGCACCAGGGCGCCACCCUGAAGGGUCCUUUCUCACGCUACGAGUACCAGAGAGAAACUCAGAGUGGCAUCGCCAGUGUCAAGUCCUUCCGGACGGCCCUGCCGGCAUCAGCCGUUGACGUUUACUACCGCGACGACAUUGGCAACAUCUCCACUUCCCACAUGCGAGUCCUCAGCGACUCGGUCGAACUUGAGUUGCGGCCCCGCUUCCCCCUGUUCGGUGGUUGGAAGACGCACUACACCCUUGGCUACAACGUGCCCAGCUACGAGUACCUCUUCAACCAAGGCGACCAGUUUGUCCUCAAGAUGCGUCUGAUGGACCACGUUGUCGAUGACAUGUAUGUGGAGGAGCUGACGACAAAGAUCAUUUUGCCCGAAGGGUGCCAUUCCAUCGAACUGACCGCCCCUUACUCUGUGAAGCGCCUCAAGGACACACUGCACCAGACCUAUCUGGAUACCAAGGGCCGUCCGGUUGUGUCCGUCAGCAAGUCAAACCUGGUCGAGAAUCACAUUGACGACUUUGAGUUGCGCUACACCUUUGCCAAAGUGCUCAUGUUCCAAGAGCCGCUGCUGGUCAUCUUUGCCUUCUUUGCCCUCUUCUUGCUUGUCAUCAUCUACGUAAGGCUCGACUUCAGCAUCACUGAUGAGGAGGAAAAUUCUCGAGUGGAAAGGGAACAAAAGGACAAGUGAAAUUAAUUGAAGUAUGUUGAAAUGGAAAAACGUGUGUUUUGGGUAGUGUGCAAAUGUUUUUUGUUGAGCAAGCUUGGAUGAAAAUUUUCAAAUAAAUGUUUCUUUGUAACAAAA